UUCCAGCGGAAGAGGAGAUACGGCAGGAGUGCGAAAACGUGAGAGGUUACAUAAACGACCACACGGCUGUACCAAUCAGCGCUGCUGCUGCUGGGCGUCAAAAGAAAGGACCAGUGGUUUAUUUGGCUUCCAACGAGUUGUUGUUUUCUGCUGAAUUUUAACAGCGAAUAACUGGCCCAUUGUUUGGCAAAACAGCGUCGACCCAAGGACAUCGAAAAGUUUUGGAUAAGAAAACGUGGAAAAAAAACAUGGCUGCAGUGCGGUACCCCCAGCGCACCCUCAGGGAAUCGCUCCACUGGGACGAAACGGAGUGCAUGAACUAUUAUGGGAUGCUUUCUCUCCAUGAGAUGUUUGAAGUAGUUGGCUCUCAGCUAACAGAGGCAGACGUUGAAGUUCUGUCUUUCCUGCUGAAUGAAACCUACCCCGGAUCACACCCUCUCGACCCGGCUGGCUGGACGGUUGAACCUGCUGAAGGCGAUCCAGAGGACUCUGGUGUAGCCCCGAGUCCACAGCUGCUCAAAGCAUGGAGACGGAUAAAGCACAACGAAUCACAGCAGCCUUCAGUGGUCUCAAAGUCUAAAAGCGGCCUUGAGCUGUUGCUAGAGCUUGAAAGGAGAGGAUACCUCAGUGAUGGCAACCUGGAGCCACUGCUCCAACUCUUAAGAGUUCUCACCCGUCAUGAUCUGCUGCCAUUUGUGUCCCACAAGAGAAGGAGGACAGUGUCCCCUGAGAGAACUGGACAGAGGUAUGAAUUAGAUAAAUCCGAACUGGUGUUUGGAUUACAGCAUAGCUGCAGAGACACGGAUAUGCCUCUUUCAUCCUUCACACAACAGUUAACUACAGGUAUUUACCCUCCUGCAGCUGGGUCUUCUACAAGGACUCGGAGGAAGAAGAGAGGACAUGGCUGGAGCCGUAAGCCCAAGAAAACAAGCAGACCGGUUCAGCCACUGCCUCUCCCGCCAGCACCUCAGAAAGUGUCGUGUGAUAUUCGCCUACGCGUACGGGCCGAGUACCUGGAGCACGAGUCAGCACUGCGUGAGGGCGUCUCUUCAGACAAGCGUCAGCCGCUGGAGCGUCAGUUCGACUUGUUCAGCCGAGCCAGCUUGCUGCUGCGCACCAGAGAUCUGGGCUCCAUCGUCUGCGACAUCAAGUUCACAGAGCUGGACAACCUGGAGGCCUUCUGGGCAGACUACCUGAGCGGGGCGCUGCUGGAGGCCCUCAAGGGGGUCUUCAUCACGGACUCCCUGAGGACGGCUGUUGGCUCAGAGGGCGUCCGCCUCCUGAUCAGCGUGGAUCAGGAUGACUAUGAGGAAGGGCGAAGGCUGCUGAGAGCCAGGAAGAUGAUGUCAUCGUGCAAUGGUGGGGUCACAAAGUCCUGUUAGGCCUAAUGAUCCAAUGAGACUCUUAUUCUGUUGUACUAUACGAUACUUGAAGGAAAGAUUAGCUGGGACUAAGGCAGGAGACUGGCGUUCAAGUCGAAGUCAGAAGCACUUUUAUGGCCUUUUUUCUUUUGCAGUUGAUGAGAAGACCACUAGAUGGCAGGAGUAACUAUUUUUGUUCAUAACACGCCUUUCUGUUUUCAGAGCUGUCUUAAGUAGGAACACAAACAUUUAUGAGUGAAAGUGGAAUAAUUAUGGAUUGGUCUGAAUCUGGAGGAGCAGGUACUGCACCUUAAAACUAAACUGGAUGAAAAAGGGACUGGCAGACCUGAACAUCCUGAUCCAGCGGUAAAACUAGAGUUUUUACUAGCUUUAUUUAAAUCAAAUAAAAGAGCAGACUGAAUUUAGGUUUAGAAGAAGUGCCGACUUAAUGGACCAACCGUAUCCAUGUCUAAAUAUUUCUACCAUUUUAUUUUUGGAUUAACUCGGUUCUGGACAUUCUCGUGUGCAGUUCCACCACUAACGGUUUGAAAAUGACUUAUUUAAUACUUGAAUGCUAGGAAAAUAUUGAAAUAUGAAAUGGAUUAAUUAUCUCAAAUUUGUAAAGCCAAAAAAAACA